CCCCCUGUCGCUGGAGCGGAGCUGAUGGAUCAGUUCUCACCGAGAACACGAUGUAACAAAGCAGCCGCGGACUCCCCCAGCGAGUGUGUUCUCUCCCACGGUCCGUGGAGGCAGCAGCAGGGGCGUGCAGUAUGGCGGACGAUGGAGACACUUGGAGCGGACCCGCGGACGCCAGCGGCGGGCAGGGGGCAGCGGAGGAGUCGGACGGGCUCGGCCUCGGCGGGAUGUUGCUGAACGUCGGGCUGCUGGUGGCGGUGGCCGCGGUGUGCGUGGCGGUGUACCGGCGGUGGGCCAGGCGGCUCGGCCCCGACGCGGCCCAGGGCGUCGAGGCCUCGGCUCUGCCCAAGAUGAGGAGACGGGACUUCACGCUGGAGCAGCUGCGGGAGUACGACGGGCUCCUCAACCCGCGCAUCCUCAUGGCCGUCAACAUGAAGGUGUUCGACGUGACCAGCGGGAGGAAGUUCUACGGGAAAGACGGUCCUUACGGCAUUUUCGCAGGCCGGGAUUCUUCGAGAGGCCUGGCCACCUUCUGCCUGGAGAAAGACGCCCUGAGGGACGAGUACGACGACUUGUCCGACCUCAACGCUGUACAGAUGGAGAGCGUGAGGGAGUGGGAGAUGCAGUUCAAGGAAAAAUACGAUUACGUCGGGAGGUUGCUGAAGCCGGGGGACGAGCCGUCGGAGUACACGGACGAGGAGGACAUCAAGGACCAUCUGAAACACGACUGAGCGGUUCCAUCACACCGACCAAAGCCAGGAGCCCCAAACAGCUGCGACAGACACCCCCCCCCCCCACCCCAGACCUCCUCCUGCUCCUCUCACUCCAUCGACCUACCUGCCGCUGUCUUGACCUGCCCUGCUCCCCGACCUCCUCCUGAAUCUGUCCGGUGCCGCGGCUGUUCUCAAAGGACAGGACUCAAGUCUCACCGCCCGGGCCUCCCUCCCUCCCUCAUCAUCCACCAACAGAAAGCAAUUGGAAACCUUUUGAAGAGUGUGGUGGGGGGGGGGGUUUUCUAACGACGGCAGACAUGUCUGGGGGCAGAGAGGUUGAUCGAUUUAUUGAAACAAAACCACAAAAUAUUUAGGGGGGAAGGAAGGAAGGUGAUGGGGGUGAAUGUGGUUGUUGUGGUCGCCGCUGGGUGGAGGUUGGUCGGAGUCGGUAAGAAACCCAUUGGUCGAAGAGGACCAGUGGAUCGGGACGGGGAAACGGAUUUCUCUCUCUUUUUAUCUGUGGUUUAGUCACAUUGCAACUGAAACUGCUUCAGCUUCGGACAGCUUAUCAAUCAAUCAAGCGAUCGUUCAUUUCUGUGUUUUGUUUCAAAUCAGUUCCCACCACUUGUUGAGAGGGCAGUGUUGUGGCCUAACCAAAGGUAAUUGACGGGGAUGGCGCAUUUUCCUGUUGUGUUUGUAGUGUAUGCACUACUAGUUUUCUUCGUUUGUCACCAUGUGAUUGUAUUUGUUGCGUAGCAUAGAGGGAGGGGGGGGAGGAAGGAAGGAAAGCUUCAAUUUUUAUUUUUUUGGGAUGCGUUUAUUGGGGGUGGUCAAAGGUCCUUGCCAUAUGAUACCUGUUUUCAAUCACAUCGGAUGGACUGAAUCAGUGAUCGGGAAUACAAAGGGAAGGUGAUAAGGCAGUCCUAAUCAAUCGACUCAAUUGUUUACAUGCCUCACAAGCCAGCUGCAAGUCUGUAGAUUCCCCUGAAAAUGGUCCAAGUAUUAAUUGUGCCUUAUUUUGUUUGUCCUGACUGGUCUGACCGGAGGUGAGCGAAGGGACGGGGGUGUUGGUUUCUCCUCGGCUCGGUUCCCCAGACUUAAAGAAGGCAUAAGUUCUGACAGUCGUCCGUGCACAGACUGUAAUAUUUCCCCCACUUCACCAACUUUGUAAAUAGACCGUAUGAAUUACUCAGUGUUACUGCCAUAUUUAUGUAGUUGAUGAACUCCAUACACGUAUAAUGCUAUGUCGUAUUGGCCAAAACCCCCAUGGUUUGUGUUCUUUAUAUAUAUUUUUUUUCAGUUCUGAACUUCCUUUUAAACGUGUGUGAAUUUCCAAAAAACAAUAAAAUAAAAUUGAAAAAAAAAAUGACAAAAGGAGCGUUGCAAAGUGCUGCAGGGCGGGACCGGGAGCUGUUUGUGCGAAUUUCUUUCGGAGACGUUGCUUAUCCUGUAAAUAUAUCUAUCAUUUUAUUAAAGCAUGUGCAACAACAAAGUCAGCUAUGCCGAAUUCCCACCACGUCAUGUAUUUAAAUGUUGGGUGUGUGUGUGCGUGUGUGUGUGUGUGAGCGUGUGAGUGUGCGAUCGAGGCAGGAAGGGAUUUGUUCAUGCAUAAUAAAUCGAUUUGGUUAAUAACUGAA